UCCGCGUGGCGAGCGCGCCGAGCGGGGUAUGAUGAAGCCUGGCCGAGCCGCGGUGCUCGCCAUGUGUACGUAGAGUGGCGCCGGGCGCGAGUGACGGGAAACCGGCAAAGUGCAGUGUCCGCGUGUGCGGAAAACUAAUCUUCACGUUGUGGUUCACUUGUACUACUUUUCACGUACCUAGUAGUUGGAUUAAGCUCGGUGUGUAAAUGGAGCCACAUGUGUUUCGCAAACGGAGGUUGGUGCACAACUGAUCGCUUUGCUGCUACCCGUAGAUUCUUUUUUUUUUAUAUUUGUGCCUAGCACAAGUAGAUGCUUCAUCUGUUGAGAAAGCUCACUGAAUAAGUCUGUAAAUGUACUUGUGUUUCAGGUGUUGUGUUGUGUGUUCGUUUAUGUAAACACGCGGUUGUUUGUAUGGUGUAUUGUCUCUGCUGUUGUUUAUUUCGCGAUACGGCUACGUGCCGUCGGCAGCUGUUUGCACGCCAGACAGGCUUUUGUUUACAGAGGAGCCGUUGAGGAAGGAUUUUGACAGGAUUUCGGCGGUGAUCUCUUCGUCUCUCAGUGGAUUCUGUAGUGUUCGACAGCUUGGUGAAUAUUUUGUUUUUACAAGAAAAUUUGUGAGUGUGGUACACUGAAGGAGGAGGAGGAGGAAAAAUUGUGUCACGGCCUUCGACGGAAAGUCACGAGAAAGAAGAUAGGAGGAAUGGAAUGCUAGAGGACUACUAGCCCUUUGUCAUCGAUCACGCAGCGGUGGAGUCGGGAACACAAGGCAGAUUUCCACCGACCACGUAUUUGCGAGAGCUGCACAGGCGGGCCGCAGCUGGUCUCUGGAGAUGCGCCCAGCUCCACCUGAGACGGCUACGGGGCUAAGAUGUCGGAGGAGGUCGGGCCGCGCGGGCCUGGGCUGCGCUCACUCGACGGCUCGCCGGCGGACGCGUGCUGCGCAUGGCUGCCCCAAUGAGAGACAACCCGCUCGACGGCGGCCACCGAGCUAAGGUGGCAGACCCCCGGUCAGCAGCGCAGCAGCAGGCGGCCAAGGCGGCCGAUCAGGCGGCCAACAACUUCGAGUACGACGAUAAUGAAUGGGACAUCGGCAUCGGCGACCUUAUCAUAGACUUGGAUGCCGAUAUAGAGAAGACGAACGAGAAGGGGGCGGCAGGGGCGGCGUCGGCGGUGGGGGGCGGCACCGGAACCGGGGGCGGCAUGUCCGCUGCGGCGACGGCAGGAUCGCAGGCGGCACAGGCUGGCGGCGGAGGAGGCGGUGGCGGCGCGGCCGCGGCCGGCAAGGGCGCCAAGAUGGCUGUCGAGCACUCGGCCACGGUCGACAAGGGGCUGAAGAUGAAGAUUAAGAGGACCAAGCCGGGCACCAAGACGUCGGAGGCCAAGCACGAGAUCGUCAAGCCCGGCGAGCAGAACGGCGGAGAGGCCAGCGACGGUACCGGAAGCACCAACGGCGCCGCUACCCCCGGGGGCGGCGCGGGAGGCGGGGGCGGCGGCAGCAGCAAGAAGGCCGCCCAGGGUCAGCAGACAGGCGGUGGCGCCGGCGGAGGCGGCGGGGGCGGCGGCAGCAAACGCGGCUCCAGCGGCCACCGGCGCGACAAGGCGCGCGACAAGCACGGCGGCGGGGGCGGCGCCGAUAAGGGCAGUAAAGCCCAGCAACAGCAGGCGGCACCUCCCCCGGCGUCGACGCCGUCGCCCGCGCCGCCCCCGCAGCAGCAGCAACAGCAGCAGCAGCAAGCUGCGCCGCAGCAGCCGGAGCUGAACGGCUCGGUGCGGUCCCCGGCUGGUCCGGCGACCGUUGGCCUUCCGCCCCCGACGCUGGCGCAACAGCCGCCGCAGCCGCCCUCGCAGCAGCAAGCGCCGCCCCCGCCGCCGCCGCAGCAGCAGCCGUCCCCACAGCCGCCGCCGCAGCAGCAGGCGACGCCGCCCCCGCAGCCGGCGCAGCAGGCGCCCUCGUCCGCGGCGACGCGUGUCGUGUUCCCCGGCCCCGGGCCCGGUCCCCCGCUGCUGGCCGCCGCCCCCGGUCCGCCCCCGCCCACGUCGCCAGCGCCGGUAAUGCUGGCGCCCACCCUCACCCCCGUGAAGAGCGGCUCGCCGCCCGUCCACGACGGUAUCGAUGACUGCUCGUCACCGCCUCCGGCCAAGAAGCUCAAGACUGAGCCCAAGGACAUGUUGGAUGUGUGUGUCGGUACGAGUGUGGGCACCAUCACAGAGCCAGAUUGCCUGGGACCGUGUGAGCCGGGCACCAGUGUCACACUCGAAGGAAUUGUGUGGCAUGAGACAGAGGGUGGUGUUCUUGUCGUCAAUGUGACGUGGCGAGGCAAGACUUACGUUGGCACACUGUUAGACUGUACGCGGCAUGAUUGGGCACCUCCAAGGUUUUGUGAUUCACCAACAAGUGACCUGGAUGCGAGGACGCCCAAAGGAAGAGGGAAGAGGGGACGAGCUGCAGCAAGUACAACCCCAGGAGGAGAUUUGAGCAACUUCACAGAAACCCGGUCAUCUGUACAUAGUAAAUUAAGAAAUGGUGGUGCCAAAGGGAGACGAGGAGCUGCUAGUGGAUCCAAUAAUUCUGGUGCAGGGACAGCUGGUACGGGUUCCCCAACACCUUUUGUUUCUCCAAGACCUGAAACCAAUAACAAAAGAAAAGGUCGUUCUCCUGAAGAAGAAUCUCCCACUUCGGCAAAGAAAACGAGAGUACCUCCACCACCAACCCCAUCUGGGGGAAGCAGCAGUCCUCCUUCCUCACCUGUAUUGCUGGAGUGUCCAGAACCCAAUUGCUCGAAAAAGUACAAGCAUAUCAAUGGGCUGAAGUACCAUCAGUCACAUGCCCAUGGGUCAGCCGAAGAUGAUGACACCAAGGAUGCUGCCAGCACAUCAGAGAAUGAUGAGAGCAAUGCUGAGGCACCAAGUCCCAGUCCAGCACCUUCUCUCAAGUCACCAGAGAAGCAACCGGAAGUACAACCACAAAGAAAAGAGGAAAUGGUGAAUGGUACAGUUCAGAAUGCUGCUAGUCCAUCUCCGGCAUUAGCUACUCAGGAGCCUCCAAGUCAACCGGCGACACCAAAGAGUGGAAUAGUGACUCCACCUACACCUCAGCAGCUGCCGCCUGCUGUCCCUCCACAGGCUUCAACUGCUCCUCCUGAACUGGUGUCAACACCGGUGCCUCCUAUGGGUGCUGUUUCGAGUCCUGAAACAAAGAAUUUGGUGAAACCUGGUGUCUUAAGAUUUGUGCCACCUGUGGAAGACUUUUCGGUUGGUGUUUUCUGCAAUAACAAACAAGUUUUGCCUCCAACAAGCGUAAGUGGAAACGGUGCUCCUGUGUCAGCCAUUCGAGCUGUGAACGUUGCUGUGCCUCCCAGUCAGACUCAGCCACAACCACCUCCACCACCACCACCACCACCACCUCCUCCUCCUCCUCCUCCACCACCACCAACCCAGCAGAAUGUAUCUCAGACUCAACCACCACCUCCAGUGCAAUCUCAGCCACAACUGCAGCCACAGCCACCACAACCACAGCCUGCUCCUCCACCACCACAGCAACAGCAGCAGCAGCAACAGCAACAACAACAGCAACAGCAGCAGCAGCAAGUUGUUCCGCAACCACCAUUGCAACAGGCCCAGGUUCAAAGCCAGCCUCUUCCACAGCCACAAUCAAUUCCUCUUGCACAGACACAACUGCCAUCAGUGGCAAAACCACCACAGUUCAAAGUGAAAUCUACAGCUUCCCUCAUGCCUGAUGACAAGAAAGAUAGGACUAAGCUCCAAGGGCACAAGAAGAAAAAUAGAAAAUCUCCUGCAGGAAGUCCACACCCACAACCUGAACAACCCAGUUUUGGCUUGGAUCCAUCUAAUCGUGAGGAUGUACAAAGUCCAGCGUACUCUGACAUAUCUGAUGAUGCAGCACCAGUUCUUGAAUCAGAAGUUGGUGACAGCAAAGGAAAAGUUCAAAGUGCAGACAAGAAAGGAGAUGUUGGACAGGGUCCCUCACCCCAUUCCAUUCCCCAUUAUGGCAUGUAUCCUUUCUUUGGGCAACCUCCUUAUCUUGUACCUUCAGUACAGGAUGGAAAACCAAAAGACAAUGGAGAGAAAAUUAUUGAUAACAAAGUACCCGAAAAGGACAAAAAAGAUAGUACUAACAGUAAUGAGUACCAGCAAAAACCAAUGCAGCCUCACUAUUAUCCUUACCCAUACAUUCAUGGAUAUCCAUAUGGCCUGGAGACUAACUAUCCUAUGACAGCAAUGCAGCCGGAUGACAAAAUUAAGGAACUGCAAGGUAAAGAUGACAAAAGUCCAAGUCCUAUUGAACAUUCAAAACCACUGCCAUCAGUUCCGAGUCCAAUUCAAGUCCCUAAUCCAGCUAAGCUGAAAAAUGAGGCAAGUGCAGGUAUAAAAGAAAAGCACCAAAAUGAAAAUCACCAGAUUCUUAAAGAGAGUAUCGAAAUGAAAAAUCAGAUGAACUCUUACGUUUAUUCACGGCAGCAGCAGCAGCAGCAGCAGCAGCAACAGCAACAACAACAACAACAGCAGCAGCAACAACAGGAAGACUUACGGCGCUUUUACCUCUAUCCUGAACAACAAAACCAGCAGCAACAACAACAGCAGCAGCAGCAGCAGCAGCAACAACAACAACAGCAGCAGCAGCAGCAGCAGCAGCAGCAGCAGCAACAACAACAGCAGCAACCGCAGCAACCACCGCCGCCACCACCACCACCUAUGCAGCAGCAACAGCAGCAGCAACAACCACGUCGCAAGGAGCCACAGGGUGUAUCAGAGCCAUCUGUUAAGCCACCAGGUCCAUUGCCUAAACCUGCUACGUUGUCCAGUCCAAGCCAUAAGCAUAAAGACAAGCUUCCUGAAGAGAAGAAAGAAGAGAAAGUGAAGCAAGAAGGAGUUAAACCAACAAUGGAGACCCAAGGCCCUCCACCUCCGCCCACCUCUUCCUAUGCAUACAUCCACCCUGGAUACAUGCAACCCCCACAUUAUGGAGCACUACCAUUUGACCCAAGUCAUACUGUAUAUCGCAGUGUCCUGGUCCCUGGUCCAUAUGGAGCCAAUCCCUACCUGCAUCCUCAGUUGCCGAGGUAUCCUCAUGCACCAGAAGACCUGUCGAGGCCUCCUUCUGGACCUGCUAAAGCUUUAGAUCUCCUGCAGCAUCAUGCAAGUCAAUAUGCAUAUGCCAGCACACACAAAAUACACGAGUUGCAAGAACGAGCCCUAAAAUCACCUACACCAAAGGCACCAGCUUCGGCAGCAUCUCCAUCAGGUCCGGUAGGACCGUUACCUUCCGGUGGGCCACAGCAAGCAGUGGCACCAGGGCAGCCACCGGCCGGUGCACCGCCGGGACCAGUACCUCCGGCACCACCAGGCAAGCAGGUGGCCGCUGCAGCCGGCAAUGGCGGUGAUGGGAAGGAAGCGCGGUCGCCGCCUCCGCAGCGCCACGUUCACACGCACCACCACACGCACGUCGGCUUGGGCUACCCUUUGUUGGCUAGCCAGUACUCCACACCUUACGGAGCGGCUGUGCUAGCGAGCCAGCAGGCGGCAGCCGUGGCCGCAACGGUCAUCAAUCCGUACCCACCAAAGUGAAGUGCGCCUAGCUUAUACACAGGCUGCGAAUGUAGCGUACACUUCUGUAUGUGGGAGAAAGACUAUUGGCUUCUUGUUGGACUGAGAGAGAGAGGGAGAGACCCUUGUUUUUUUGUAAGUACUGGAUGUGCUGUCAGAGGGACUGCUCAUCUUCUCGCAACAGUACGGGUGUGGUGCUGUUCACACAGUGAGGCACCUUUCAGCGGAAUAGAGUGAGCUGUAUUAUGUGCGUAUGAGUGUGUUUUCGUUGUCUUCACUGACAAUUUGACAUAGUGAAUACUAGUGUAUGCUGUUGUCAGGAAUUGUUUUAUUUAUAGAUUGCCUGGCAAUUGUGAGCCAUUCCAAGUGCAUCUGUUUUGUAGGUGUAUGUGAGAAAGACUGGUGUGCACUGGAAAUUUCUGUUGAAUCUUACCUUGUGUGUGUGUGUGUGUGUGUGUGUGUGUGUGUGUGUGUGUGUGUGUGGGCGCGCACAUUAGUGUUAGAGAGAGAGAGAGAGAGAGAGAGAGAGAUUUACUGUAUAAUUGUACCAUAGUGUAACAAGAUUUGUGUAAAUAUUAUAAAGAGAUGACUCGCUGCCCUUUGGGAUGCUUUAGUUUAAGUAGUCUGAAUGUGGAAAGUUUAAACUCUGUGUGUAUUUUUAAUGUUUUUGAAUUAAUUAGAAAAUGGCAAUGUUUAUUAUUCUCUACACAAGGUACAUUUAAUAUUUUUGGUUGAUAUUAUUUUCCAGAUAUUGUGGAAAUAUAUUAACCCGUUCCAGUUUUAGUGGAAUGAGAUGUACAGUAACUGAAAAUCAAAUUAUAUUAUAAUAAAUAUAGUUGUAUAUUAUAUUUGCUUAGAAGAAUAAGAGAACAAAAAACCUGAUUGUUGUUGUUACUCAUUACUUUCCUGUCACCUUGUACAUAUUCACAUUCCAACCAUAUAGACUGUGAUAUUUUUUUAAAUUUCUAGUGAUAAAGUAGGUGUAAUUCUUAUUCAAUACUGGUCAGAACAAAAAUCAUCUUUAUCUAAUAAUGUUGCUCUUAAGUUCUGUUGUUACAAAAUUUAAUCUGGUUUUUGAAGUAAGCAAAUACCAAAUAAAACUGGUGUAUAAAUAAAGUGGAAUAAUGGUGCCUCUUGUAUAAAUCACAGGAAUUUUUUGCAUUGUAUUUUAAUAAUGUAAUUUAAAUUUUAACAUAAUUGAUGAGGUUUAAUUGUACCAAGACUUGAUAUACUUAAAAAUAUGAAAAAAGCUGAAGUACAACACAUUAGUAAUAUUUCCCUCCAUGUGAGAAUGAAUGCUCUUCAUUUAUGGAGAGUUACGAUCUCAGAUAUUCCCUCCUCCUCUUUUUUUUUUUCUUGUCGCACUGUUACAAAUUCUAAACAUGUCUCAUUUUGCUAGGGGCAGUGGGAGAGAUGGCACACAACCAGUUUUAAUGGUUGAAUCAGGAAGCAGAUUCAGUGAUGAGUUUUUUUUUUUCCAAUUCUGUUAAUUUUUGUACAUUCUGAACUUCUGACUUUCUUCUAAUGCUUCAGACUUUAAAGCAGAGAUUUUUGUAUAAAAUAUAUCACAAUAAAAUGUAAUUCAUAAUAUUAA